AUGCCGAUGGCCGGUGGUCGCCUGUCCGCCGUCUUCAAGCGCCUCCUCCAGCUAAGCUCGCCCCGUGGCGGCGGGUGGGAUGCGACAUUCCUCGAGCCGCUCAACGCCGGCCUCCGCGGGGAGAUACUCAGGUACGGCGACCUCGCGCAGGCCACCUACGACGCCUUCGACAACCGUUAUUGGUCCCGGAACUACGGCACCUGCCUCCACGGCCUCCGUCGCAUGCUCCCGGCUCUCGGGCUCGCCGGCCACGGGAAGGUGGUCGUCUCCAUCUGGCCGCCGUCAGACACGUCCACACGGAGGAGUUGUUGCCAUCAUUAUCGUUUCGCCGCGCUGCACAACAUCGGCGGACUCCCUGUUGGUGUUAAGUUUGAUCCAACUGACCUCGAACUGCUUGAACAUUUAGAAGGAAAGGUUGGCAGGGCAGCAUCCCAUGUACUAAUAGAUGGUUUUAUUCCAACCAUAGAGGAGGCCGAAGUAAUCUGCCAUACACAUCCGGAAAAUCUCCCUGGUGUCAAAUUAGACGGAAUCACCAGUCAUUUCUUCCACAAAAUAUCAAAUGCCUACGAUGUUGGCAAGCGUAAACAUCGCAAGAUUAGCCACAGUGACCACAUUGUUUGUGAUGAGAAUCUCAGAUGGCACAAGGCUGGAAAAUCCAGAUCUAUCUUAGAUAAUAAUGGUGUCAUAAAAGGGUGGAAGAAAAUACUGGUUCUUUACAUAGGUUAUCGGAAAGGAGGUGGCAAGGCAGAAAAAACUAAUUGGAGAAUGCAUCAGUAUCACCUUGGGGUAGAUCAAGAUGAAAAGCACGAGGAGCUUGUUGUUUCCAAAGUCUUUUAUCAGUUCCCGUCAAAUGAUGCUGGGCAGCCUCUAAUUUGA